AUGGCGACACCGACACCCUCCUGGGCCGGCCUGAACAUGUCGUGGAACCAGACGAACGACAACUUUACAACCACUGACGAGCUCUUUCCAUCGGGUUAUCUGGAAUCCAUCAUCAUUCCGGUCUUCUACUGCGUGGUAUCGGCGAUAGGGCUGACGGGGAACACUUUAGUCAUCUACGUAGUCCUCCGGUACGCCAAACUGAAGACUGUGACGUACAUGUACAUCAUGAACAUGGCUUGCGCUGACGACCUGUUCCUGAUGACGUUACCGUUCCUGGCUGCCUACUACGCCCUCCACAACUGGCCGUUCGGACUGGUGGUCUGUAAGGUGGUGCUAUCCGUGGACGCCUUGAACCAGUUCACCAGCAUCUUCUGCCUGGUGGUCAUGAGCUUUGACCGCUACCUUGCAGUGGUGCAUCCGGUCAAGUCCGUGGGUUACCGGACGCCAAGCAUGGCCCGGUACGUCAACAUCAGCGUCUGGGCAGUUGCUUUGGUCAUGACGCUACCUGUCGCCAUAUUCGCUACGACAAAUGAAGGGAAGAAGCUGCCCGACGGUGUCAGCUGUAAUAUGCACUGGCCUGACAAGACCAUAGGGUCCCACGCCUUCACUACCUUCACGUUCGUGUGCGGCUUUGUCGUGCCUCUCUCCAUCAUCGUCGCCAGCUACCUUCUCCUGACACGCCGACUGAGAAGUCUCAGCAACAAGACCCACUCUCGCGAGAAAGAGCGAGCUUACCGGCGGAUCGAGCGCCUCGUUUACACCGUGGUCUUCGUCUUUGUCGUGUGCUGGCUGCCGUUCCAUGUGUUCCAGAUUGGAAGCCUGGCCGGCCUGUUCGAGUACAUCGACGAUGUCAACGUGGAGAGCGGGAUUUUCCACCUGGUGAGCGCGCUGAUGUACGUCAACAGCUGCUGCAACCCUCUGCUGUACGGCUACCUCGACGAGAACAUCAAGCGAUGCAUCAGAGAGGCCACCUGCUCCCCGGUGGGCAGCACGCCGCUAGGAGCGCCGCCUGUCGAUCUGGAGCUGCGCCCGGAACCCUCCCGGUCCCCCCGACUGGAAGGUCGGAUAGACGGCGUCACUACGCCCCACCGGACAUUGACGACAGGCCUGACGAAUUACGAGCUGACCCGAUCACCGCGGAACUCCCCCUCGCCCAGUCCUCGGCUGGCUCGGUACAUCCUGGGGAGGGAGCAGACCAUCCUCCUGCAGCACGGCAUGCAGCACGGCACCCCGCCCGGCCUCCGCGCCUUCCUCCGCCCGCCCACUCCCAGCAGUCUGCCCGAGAAGGAAGAGAACGGAGAGGUAGUGGAGACCCCUCCACCGAAGAAGCCUGGCAAAGCCACGGAUCUUCACAAGUCGACCGAAAACGUUGCAACGACUGCAGUCUAGUCGAGCAAUUACAACGUUGCUCGGACCAAACU